AUGCCCACCAGCGAUGCUGCUGUGUGCUCAGGCGGCACCCUCAAACUUCUCACAAUGGAUUCCGCUACCCACGCUUGGAUCUCAAUAGAGCGCUAUGAGCUUGUGAAGCGCAUCUAUUCUGGAACUCGCGAUGGAGCGACUUCAGCCUGUCUUCCCUCUGAUAAAACUGAGGAGGCUGUAGAAAACGACGAGAACACCUGCCCCGCAGUUCUGCCCUGGCAAAACCAAGCAGCUGCGUUGCACGCGUUGCGCUCACUGUUAGAGCGCACCCUACUUGUCGGCGAUAGUAGUGCACGACUGGCGAACCAGAACGCAGCACUAGAGUUCUGUGAGAUUGUAUGGAAGCUACACCAACAAGCAAUGAGCUGCGAGCAAGCGUCCGUUGCGGUUGGAGCGAACGGCCACCAAGAGACGCUCCUUACAGCACUGGUGAAGGUUUGCGCGGACAUUCGCUCCCAGCUCGCGAAGGAUGGUCUCGAUUUUCUUGGCUGGUUUGGAGAAUUCGUCCUAGGCCCCGCGCUAGAGGCGGCCAUCAACGAGUUGGAAACCUCAAUGCGCGGUGCGUCGAUGAUCGAUCCCGGACGAAGCCAGCCAAAACAGGCUCUCAAGAGAGAGCUUGCUGCCCUAAAACAACAACGGCUACAAGAGCAGAUCAAUGAUACGUGCGGACUGCGAUCCGGGUCCACAUGGAGACGACCUGCAGCGUGCGAGCCCGGCACAGCCCCUGUGCGUUCCUCCGACAGCGAAUCCUUCAUUUGCCUCCAGGCGCAGCAACUCGUAUCGAUCAGCAACCCAGCCAGCGGCGAGAUGGAUGCGGCAAGAGCAGUCUUCGGAGACGAUCCAGUCGCAGCGGCAUCGAAGCGAGAAAGCGCAGUGACGCAUCAGCUGAACGCAUCCGCGAGCGCAUCGAGACGGCGGGCUCCCGUUGAAAUCGCGCUCUACCUUUUUCGCUUCGCUAUUUUUCCGGUAUUGAUACGCACAAAAAAAGUCUUUUAUGAUGCUGCAGACGCGUGCGCCCAUCGACUGCUGCAAGUACUGCGCGACGCUGCGUCGCAUCCGUCUUUCUUAUUCCCCGUGCUUCAAUUCCUGUUGAAAGCAUGUGCUGGUGCUGAACAGCAUCCUGUGCUUCGGGAGCGUUGUGGCAUGUAUGCCUGUCUCGUACUACAGGUCGGUACAAAAUCCGAGUCGGCCGUUGCGCUUCCCCGAGCCGCACAAACGACUGUGCUCCGACAAGAUGCGUCCUCCUUGUGGAGCGAUGCCGCCAUUCGCUCGGAAAUCGAAUCUUGCAUUCGUUUGGCGAUCAGAGACUCGCAGGCUAAGGUGCGCUUCAUUGCCCGUCAGCUGUUUGGGGCGCUCCGAGCAUACGCUGCAGAGGACGCCAAUUCCAUGGUAGAGAGACUACCCCCCGAAGAUCGUCGCAGACUUGUGGAAAACACGGGUGAAUUGGCUCAUUCGGAGAAAAGCAGCGGACCUGGUCCGCGAGCCAGCUCAUGUACGGAUCGGUUUAGACCUUGGCGCCAGUUUGAUGACAGCGCCGCGAGAAAGCUCGCAUUGCACGCAAACCUGGCAGUGGAAGCGCAGAUGGGGGCUUUACGCGUCGACAGUCCCCGGUCAAAAAGCCCCUCGUCUCCAUGA